GCGUGCGUCCUAACCAAAACAAGCUGGAUGUCUUCACCGAGACAAGCUUUCACCAGAGUCCGGGAACAGAGGAAGAGUUUGACCGAAUGGAGCCACCGUGCCCCGCCUGAGCCUCCAGCGGAAACACGGCAGGGCUGUCAGGCCUACUGUUAGUGUCGGGUGACAAUGGACCCCAACAGUGAGACCGGGAAGAUGACCUCUUACCUCCCAGGCAGCUCAACCUCAGAGACCCAGAAACUGGCCCCACUCAGAGGCCCAGGCUGCAGCUGGCUGGUGGUGGUAGCAGCUGUAGCGGCCUCCUUGAGUGGCCUGAUGCUAGGUUAUGAAAUGGGCCUGACCUCAGGCGUCCUGCUGCAGCUGCGCGGUCUCCUCUCCCUCUCCUGCCGGGAACAGGAACUGCUGGUCAGCUCCCACCUGCUCGGUGCUCUCCUCAUCUGCCUCGCCGGCGGUCCGGUGCUCGAUCGCUACGGCCGCCGCUGCUCCCUGCUGCUGAGCGCCGCCCUGGUGGUCGCAGGGACAAUCGUGGUCAUCGCCUUCACUUCGCUCGUCGCUAUCACACUGGGCCGGGUGAUCGUUGGCAUGGGGACGGCGCUGUCGGGGACGGCAGCAUGUCUGUACAUUGCAGAGAUCUCUCCGAGUGAGAGGAGGGGUCUGCUGGUGACGCUGUAUGAGCUGAUGCUGGUUGUGGGCGUCAUGCUGGGAUUCAGCUGCAGUUAUGCCUUCGCCACUCUUCCUCGUGGCUGGGUGUACACGUUCGGACUAGUGAUCCCCACUGCGCUGCUGCAAAUAGGUGCGCUCCUCUUCCUCCCUUGCAGUCCACGCUUCCUGGUCACUCAGGGUAAAGUGGAGCAGGCCAAGGCAGUGCUGGUCAGAAUGAGGGGCGGGCUUAAGGAACAAGUAGAGGCGGAGCUCACGGACAUCCAAGCUGGACUAAAAGCGGAAUCAGAACACUGUUUCUGGGAGUUGUUCAGUGCCAAAGCCAACCUACGCUCCCGGCUGCUAACGGGUGUAGCUUUAGUUUUCCUCCAGCAGGCCACGGGUCAGCCCAACAUCCUCUCCUACGCUUCACCACUCCUCCGCAGCGUGGGCUUCAACAGUGACGCUGCAGCCACCUUGGCCUCCACGGGGUUCGGAGUGGUCAAAGUAGUCGGCACAAUCCCCGCUGUGUUGCUGGUCGACCGCUUGGGACCCAAGAGCUUUUUGUGCGUGGGUGCCAUUGCGAUGGGAAUUUCGCUGGCCGCGCUCGGCACACUGACACUGCAAAGCCACACUCACCUCACCAGUCUUUGUAAAAGUCACACAACGCCAAACUACACACACACCACGUGGGAAUUGAACAGAACCUCAACAGACUUAGACGACAUUGAGUUUUUCUCCACUAGCCUCCCCAGCCAGUGGAGCAACGAGGAGGCGCAGAGGACUAACAGAGAGGAUGAUGGGAUUGGGGAGCUGGGAGGAGGGAGAACUCAAGUAGAAGUGUCUUCCUCCCUGAAGUGGGCAUCACUGAUCAGUUUGCUGGUUUAUGUGGCAGCUUUCUCCAUUAGCCUCGGGCCAAUGGUGUAUGUGGUCAUCAGCGAGAUCUUUCCAAUGGGAAUCAGAGGCAGGGCUGUGUCCGUGGUGUCUGCUGUGAACUGGGCCACCAACCUGCUCAUCUCCAUGACCUUCCUCACCAUCACUGAAAGGAUUGGUGUUCCCAAUGUGAUGUUCCUCUACUCCGCCAUGAGCUUUGUUCUCCUGGUGUUUGUCAUCCUCUGCGUGCCUGAAACCAAAGGUCGCACUCUGGAAGAGAUAUCAAAAGAACUGGCCAAGAAGAAGCAUUUCCAGGUGAAUAUCUGUCAACAGGUCCAGCCUAAGGAGAGUCUGAUCAGCGGCAGCACCACGCCAGAGGUGCCGGCGAACAACUGUGACAUCUUACCAACUGUGGACCUCAGUCGAGCUGAAGCAUUCAGGAAAACUAAUAUUUAAGUAGCCCUCUUCAGAAUCUGGUGUCAUGCAUCUGUACAUACCUGCAGCUGGUUUUUAAUAACCUGCCUUUAGACAUGCACUGAACUCCGGACGUUUUCCAGACAUUUUUCAGAUGGGCUGUAUGUGAAAACGCAAAUGUCCGAGCCAGUUGCCCUGUAAAGCGAUUCCAUGUGAGAAUACAGCAGGAAAAUGUCCAGAAAAAAGCUCAAGUUGAUGACGUUUCUAAUACGCAAGAGAUGCACAACUGGAAGAAAACAAAUAUCUCAGAAGUGCCAUACACGUAGAUACACUGAAGCAGGAUGUGCUGCAAAAAACCAUGCGAUUUCUGUAGCCAAAUUUCUACAUCAUGUCGUGCCUCCUGCUCUACCUAGACGCCACCCCUCGCCUGAUCAUUCCGGACAGUUUCCUGUUGUCGUGACGCAGAUUAUAUCCUUCUACGUUCUUCAUAUGUGAAAGAAAAACUCAAAAGAAUGUCUACACCCAAUUUUCUGGACAUUUUCCAAUAUUCAUGUCUGAAAAGAGCUGUAAUGUCUCAUUCAAAUACAGGUAGUUUCUUCUAGCUUCCUUAGCAUAAGGAACAUAAUGAUGGUGAAAAUUACACAACACAACACAGUUGAAUUAAAAAAAGUAGCUCAGGGUUCACACUUGCUUGUUAAAAAUCAAGAGAUGCAAUAUCCAUGUGGGGUUUUAUGAAAAUCAUUACAAUCACCAUUGGCGUUAUCUUAAUAAAAAAAAGUAAACUGUGAUUGAAUGUGAGAUUAUAUAAAAUAUACACAAUAUGAUUUUUUUUUUACAUCUUUAUUCCAUUUGAAUAUUGUCCCAAUGCUGAAAGGGAGUUUUCACCUUAGCCUCAAACCAGUCACACCAUCUAUGUUCCAGGAUGUAUUGUGACCUGAAAUGACACAGAUGUGUGUUUGUGUGUCUGUGAGUGAGUGAGAAGUCUCAGGAAGAGCUGUGUGUUUCAUUUACAUUCAAUGGGAACAAGCUAUAGAUAAUGAAUGAGCACAACAGGCUCCACUGUUUUACUGCUGAAUCCUCACAAACUAGAAAUCAAGGAAAACAUACUGAAUCCAUCAGGGUAAAUAAUUUAUUAACAAGUUCUGUUGCGGUGUGAGUGUUUUUUUGUUUUUUUUACUUUGUCAGCGAUGCCAAAUGAAACAUAGUUGAUUAUUAAUUAAGUUGAAUGUCUUGCAGUGAGAAAACAAUAAUGCACAUCUGAAUCUGUACUUUUGAAUGUAGAGAUGUAUUUAAGUCAGUCACAUUGAAAAAUCUUGGUAAACCAUUUAAAGACUAUUCAGCUGAAACUGGUGAAUACAAUCUGUAAUAAAGACAAAUGGAAAAAGAAA